AUGUCUGGCUGGACCCUUGGACUUUUGAAUCUCGACGGGAUCCGCCGCUUCGGCAAAGGUCCAGACGCCACACACGUUGCUGCAUCCCUCACCUGCACAGCACUGUCCAGUGUAGUCGCGGCUUAUCUCCCAAACAGACCGUGCUCACAGACACUGAGACUAAAGCUUGCGAGCAGGAAUCCUCACCUCGCCUUACCAUUGCAUCCUCUCCACCAGAUACGUUUCCUCUUCCGCACCAACAUCCACACAUCCUGGCUGGCCGACGUUAGUAGCGGCGGGUGCAGUUGCAUCACCGCCAGCAUGCCUUCCGCUGUCACAUCCGAUCCCACCAACAAGCGAGUCUUCAGCGGUGCGAGCGUGAACAGCAAUGGCAAGAUGAACAACACCACCGGCCAGAAGAUCAAGAACUUCUUCCGCAUCAACAGCAGCAAGCACGACGGCUCCCACCCUAACUCCGAGAAGGGCUCGCUGCAUGGCGAUGCUCAGAACGAUGGCUCCAGGACACCUCAAUCGCAGCAUAACAAGAGCAGCCUGCGUAAUUCCCGCUUCAUCCCACACAUAGCACGCACCAGAAGUACUACCGUUGCUUCUGAGGGGAACCCGCUGGACGAUGGUAUGAGCCCCACCGCACAUGCGAACCCGUACUUCCAGCAUCAAGGCCCUCCUGCAUUGCGACACCACGACGACAGCAGUAUACCGGGUACCCCUCCUGACUCACCAUCCUUGUCGAAGAAGAGCACGAAGAAUGGCAAUGGCCAAGAUGCUCAUGGUUUAAAUGGGAAAGAGGAGCUAGCCAGAAAGUUGAGAAGGGUCGCCAGCGCACCCAACGCACAAGGUCUGUUCAAGAUUAGUAAAGGCAGUGGCAGUGGAAGCGGAGACAGCAGACCAGACACAGCGGAACAGGAUGCUACCCCGCCGUCUAAGGUUGGCCAGCAUAGUAAUGCCAGCGCUUUGAGCAUGAUGGAGACUGUGCCUACCAAUGGCGACUUACUGCCAGUGCCUGGUAUCAACGGCCCCGUAACACCCGGGAAACUGCGCAACAGUAUCGCAUUCAGGAGGACAUACAGCAGCAACAGCAUCAAGGUCCGUAAUGUGGAGGUUGGCCCUAGCAGUUUCGACAAGAUCAAACUCAUUGGAAAGGGUGAUGUUGGAAAGGUAUACCUGGUCAGAGAAAAGAAGAGCACGAGACUAUACGCUAUGAAAGUCCUAUCGAAGAAGGAGAUGAUCAAACGAAACAAGAUCAAGCGUGCACUUGCCGAGCAGGAGAUUCUGGCCACGAGCAACCAUCCUUUCAUCGUUACCCUCUACCAUUCCUUCCAGUCUGAGGAUCACCUAUACUUGUGCAUGGAGUACUGCAGUGGAGGCGAGUUCUUCCGAGCGUUGCAGACGAGACCGAACAAGUGUGUAGACGAAGAUGCGGCACGUUUCUAUGCAGCAGAAGUGACCGCAGCUCUGGAGUACCUGCAUUUGAUGGGGUUCAUCUACCGAGAUCUGAAGCCCGAGAACAUCUUGCUCCAUCAAUCUGGCCACAUAAUGCUUUCGGACUUCGAUUUGUCCAAGCAAUCUGAUCCGGGAGGUGCUCCUGGCAUGAUCCUUGCUGGUGGGCGCAAUGCGAGUGGUGGCAUUUCCAGCAACCCCAACCCCAGCAAUAUGCCAACGAUCGACACCAAGAGCUGCAUUGCCAACUUCCGGACGAACUCUUUUGUCGGUACGGAGGAAUACAUCGCUCCCGAAGUGAUCAAAGGAUGCGGGCACACGAGUGCUGUGGACUGGUGGACGCUUGGUAUCUUGAUCUACGAAAUGCUGUUCGGCACGACGCCUUUCAAGGGCAAGAACAGGAAUGCCACUUUUGCCAACAUCUUGAGGGACGAAGUGCCAUUUCCCGAAGGAUCUGGAGCGCCCAAUAUUUCCAAUCUUUGCAAGUCGCUCAUUAGAAAACUGCUCAUCAAAGAUGAACUCCGUCGACUCGGUUCGCGCGCAGGAGCAUCUGAUGUGAAGACGCAUCCAUUCUUCCGCUCGACAUCAUGGGCAUUACUUCGACACAUGAAGCCGCCGAUCGUACCUAAUCAAGGUCGCGGCGUCGACACUAUCAACUUCAGAAAUGUCAAAGAAAGCCACAGUGUCGAUCUCGGGAAUGGUGCUGUGACUGGCAUCAACAAGGGCUUCGCUACGCCUGCCAGCAAGAUGAAAGGCGUGCCUCUCGACUCUGGACUUGAAACUCCAGGAGGCGAGAUUGCAGAUCCGUUCGAGGAAUUCAACAGUGUCACUUUACAUCACGAGGGCGACGAACACGCUAUUAUUGAUGAAGAGCCUCACGGCAAUGGUCAUCGGUAG